AUGUCUAUAGAUCAUGAUGAGGUUUUACUUGCGGAAUCAGUAUUGAGCAAUGCUGCGAAGUAUAUCGACGACCUGUCGAAAAAUACAACACCUCUCCUGGUGGAUGAGGAGGGAGAGAGAAUCAACUUGGAAUGCGAGUUUCUGGUGCAAAGGAUCGAACUAAGUUUCCUCCAACAUAAUGUCAACGCCGCCGAACUCAUGUGCAACAAUGCCAUGGAACGGUUUUCUCGGGACGAGAGUGCGGCAAGUAGACUUGAACCUAGGAUUAGAGAAUCGCUAGGGAAGGUCUUGUACAAAAUUGGUAAGGAUAUGGUGAAGCGAGCGAACCUCACGAAUGGAGUGGAGUGGCUGGCAAGAGCUUUGGAGAUCGUCGAUCCAAAGUAUGUUGGGUCAGAACGGUUUGCAGCUGAACUAAGGUUUGGGAUCAUGCAAAAUCUUGUUCAAACUAGUUUGAAGACACAAGUACCAAAUGAUCUUCGAAAGGCAGAGGAAGUGAUGGAAGUGAUGGUCAAUGAAUGGCCUGAAAGACUGAAUGUCCACUGCUUAGGGCUCGAUGCCAUAGUUGCACAGGAACUCGGAGCCGAAGCAUAUCAUGCCGGUAAGCUCAUCAAGUUUGGGCCGACUGAAGCAGGGAUCCUUGACGAUGCUGAUCAUUAUUGCUUCUCCAGCUCUCAUGAAGAUGAUGUCCAGAAUAGCUCUAUCUGA